AUGGGCCUCUUUGAAAGACUGGAUAGAGUGCUUGUGAGCGAGGCAUGGACUAGGGUCUUUGAGGCUACUCGGGUCACAAAUCUCCCACGGAUCGCAUUGGACCACGGCCCAGUUCUAGCACGGUGCAAGACUCCAAACACCACUAAUGGAGGCAAGGCUUUCAGGUUCCAGAAUAUGUGGAUCCGGCAUGGGGGAUUUAUGGAUGUUGUGCAAAAAGCGUGGGAGGAGCCCACGGGGGCGGGUGGUCUCCUAAACAUCCAAAUCAAACAUGCUAGAGUUAAGAGAGCUCUAAAAGAGUGGAACAAAGAGGUUUUCGGGAACAUCCAUGCUAAUCUCAAGAACAAGGAGGAAGCUAUUGCCCUGGCUCAAUCCAAUUUCGAGGCAGCCCUGAGAUGGCUGGCCGAGGGCGACAAGAACACCCGGUUCUAUCAAAGCUGGGUGAAGCAAAAAAGGGUGCGUUUACGUAUUCAUUCGAUUCGUGCGAAUGGACAAGAGCUAACUGAGGAAGCGGAAAUAAAGAAAUCAGCAGUGGACUUCUUCCAACAACUUCUCGCGCCUAGCAACCCGCCCCUCGAUGAGCCGGACCUCGACCUAAUCCAGCAAGCCCACACAGUCGAGCAAUUUGCAGAUAUUGCGAACGCGCCGGAUGCGAACGAGGUCAAGAAUACUGUCAUCUCUCCAAACCAAAGCGGCUUCGUUAAAGGGCGGCUCCUCAAUGAUAAUGCGCUCUUGGCUCAAGAGAUGUUUCAUGAGCUUGCACGAUGCUCCCCAGCGCCAAAUGUAGAGGUGAAGAUUGAUAUGGCUAAAGCCUACGACAGGGUCCAGUGGCCUUUCCUCUUUAAGGUGCUCCGACGCAUGGGUUUCCCGGAUGCAUGGAUCUCGCUUAUGGAGAGGUGUAUAGGCUCGUGUUGGUUCUCGAUUCUUAUCAAUGGGGCACCUUCAGGAUUCUUCAGAUCGACACGGGGACUGCGACAAGGCGACCCGAUAUCCCCUGCGUUGUUUGUGAUUGCUGCAGAGUACCUAUCGCGAGCUCUGGACAAGCUCAUUCUAGGCCAAAAGGAGAUGACCUUCAAAGCCUCCCGGAGAUGCCAACAAGUUAGCCUCCCCAAGAGCAAUUUCUACAUUGCUGACGCACAUGAGCAAUGGGCAAACUCGAUCCAAGAGGAAGGGGGCUUCUCUAGAGGGGACUUCCCGUUCCUCUACUUAGGGGUCCCCAUCUAUCGGGGUGUAAAGCGCACGGACAUGUUCCUUUUCCUCCGAGAAAAGAUUGCAAGACGGAUUUCAGGCUGGGCGCACCGGCACUUAUCUUUUGGAGGGAGGCUCACGCUUAUUAAGAGCACCCUUGCAGCGAUUCCCUUGCAUAUCUUCCAAGCCAUUGAACCCACCGCCGGCACUCUAAAACAUAUUGAUCAACAAAUGGCUCGAUUCUUCUGGGGCUCUACGAGUGAGAGGAAGCGGACCCACUGGAUUGGCUGGGACCAAAUGUGCCUCCCCACUGAUGAAGGGGGGCUCGGGAUCCGUAAAACUAAGGAGGUUCUACGCGCCUUCAACAUUAAACUUUGGUGGCGCUUCCGGGAGCAAAAUUCCCUGUGGGCGAAAUAUAUGAUGGCAAAAUAUUAUUCUAACUCCACGCCCCUUACCCUGAGAUUGCCGAGCAGGAGUAGCCCGACGUGGAGGAGGCUGUCGAGAGCCUGGACCCUCGCACAACCACACAUUAGGUGGCUGGUGGGACAAGGAAACAUCUAUUUUUGGGACGAUAUCUGGGUCGGCAACGCCCCACUCAAGGAGCUCAGCCUUGAUGAAAGGGGAAGACCAACCACGCGGGCGUCGGAGUUCAUUAGGAAUGGCGUCUGGGAUGUACCUAAGCUCCAACUUCUUCAUGACCAGGCCGGCCUCCCACAACACAUCAUUGAUCGCAUCAUCAAUAUCCCAAUCCUCCAUGGUGAACAGGAUAUCCCGAGGUGGACCCUUUCCAAUCACGGGGAAUUCACGAUGGCCACGACGUGGGAAACAAUCCGAGGACAACACCCGACCAUUCAGGGGCUGAGUGAUGAUUCUAAAGCUUUGGGGAUGAAUUUUAAGGCAGCAAACUCCAACGGGAAGAUAUGGUUUUUUGUGGAGGAAGGGGCGGAUUUUGAGGUGGUGGACGACUCGGACCAAAUACUCCAUGGGAAAUGCCCGCGGCUACCUUAUUCCAUUAUGGUGUCGGCCGUGUACGCAAAGUGUACUAGGGGAGAACGAGUUGCGCUUUGGGACAAAAUGAGAGAAAUUUCAGUAAACACCGAAGGGAUGCCUUGGAUCAUUGGCGGGAAUUUUAACACCAUCCUCUCUACACCAGAUAGGGCAGGAAGUGACACUAAUCGACAAACGGAGAUGAUCGACUUCGCCAAAGCAAUCGAGGACUGCAGAAUACUUAACCCAGGCUACGACGGGUCGGACUUUACGUGGGCCAAGAAUGGCCUCUUCGAAAGACUAGAUCGGGUGUUGGUAAAUUAA